ACAUACCUUGAUUUUCUUUUUCAGAUGUUUUUGUGUACAGUGGCUGAGAAGCACAGAAAUAGUCUGUGAAGAUGCCGGAUAAAGAUAAUUUAUUUAACAGUGGUAAUGACGAGGCUGGCCACAGCUCAGAUGAUAUUUGCCGAGACUUCCUGCGCAAUGUCUGCAAACGUGGUAAGCGCUGCAAGUUCUAUCACCCUGAUAUUAAUGAAGUGUCUGACUUGGGCGUAAAGAAAAAUGAAUUUGUCUUUUGUCAUGACUAUCAGAACAAGGAGUGCACUCGCAUCAACUGCAAGUUUAUUCAUGGGACAAAGGAGGAUGAGGAACAUUACAAAAAGUCUGGAGAGCUUCCUCCACGCCUGCGCCUUACAGUGGCUAUGGGUCUUGGCCUUUCACCUUCUGACCUCUCCUUUAAAAAAGGUGAGGUCCCAAUUUGCCGAGACUACUUGAAAGGUGACUGUCAACGAGGAUCUAAGUGUAAAUUCCGGCACUUAAAACGUGAUGAAUAUGAAUAUGAAAACAGAACUUUGGAGAGGUUGUCACGAGACCAAGUGAUUUCUCCAGUAGUACGUCGAUAUGACCCAUUUGAUGACCUCUAUGACACUGAUCGCUAUGCUGAUUAUGACCAUGUUCUAAAAAGACGAAGAGUCGAUGGCUUACGAUUUGAGAGUUAUGAUUUUAAUAUCCCAAAUUCGCGUCCAGUUGACUAUCGGUUUUUAGAGGAGGAGAAUCUGAUGCUUCGAAAGCGUGUUGAGGAACUCAAAAAACAGAUCUCAAAUUUGAUGGCAACUAAUGAGGUACUUUUGGAGCAAAAUGCACAUUUCCGCAACCAAACCAAGGUGGUCACGUUGACCUCCACUCCCACAGCAACAGAGCAAACGCUAGCAGCACCAACUGUGGGUGCAAUCACCAAUUACAACCAUGGUAUAGCGCAGACUCACACCACUUUGAGCAGCCAAGCACUUCAACCACGACCUGUCACCCAACAAGACCUCGUGGCAACUGCUGGAGCUACUGCUGCUCCACCUACCAAUGCUGCACCAACAGCACAGCAUCUUAAUCCUGAGAUUGCUUCACUUCCUGCAGCGCUUGCCCAGACCAUUGCCCAGGGAAUGGCACCUCCAGUUUCUAUGGCCCCAGUGGCUGUUUCUGUUGCACCAGUGGCAGUAUCAAUUGCCCAAGCAAUGCCAGGAAUCACUAUUAGUCAUGCCACCACUCCAAUGGUUACUUAUCCAAUUGCAUCACAGAGUAUGAGGAUAACAGCAAUUCCUCAUUGAGAGGUUAUAUGCAGGCUUUAGAAAAGGUUCUGUAUUUCUUUGUUGCUCCCCAUGAUAUGCAUUACAUAAAUAUGCACUCCAGAGUCAAGUGUAAUUCUGACCAGCAUUUAGUUCUCUUUGUGCCUAAAUUAUUUCUCUUCAGUCCAUUGUUAUUUUUGGAUACUUGGUUAACCCUGUCCUGUUUUAGCGCUCAGCUUGCCAGUCCUCUAAAUCCAUCGUCUAAUGUAACUUAAAAACAGCUGCAGAGGCACUCUCUGGGGCAUUUCCUUCUAAAAGGUUUUGUUAGGAUAAACAAGUCCCUGGGCUGUGGUGCUGCGCAAAAUAUUCAAACUGACUCUGUAUCCCAAGCUUGGCUAUUUGCAUUCUUGACGCAAAAUAAAAUUUCAUAGCAUAUGAAAUUGUAAAUUAACAAAGCAAAAUAAAAGUAUUUUGAAGCUUUUUA